AUGCGCAUCUCUUCGGUAUCUCUUCCGUUGUCCCUACUAACACUUAUUUCAAGCGCGCUUGCGGCCCCCAGCAACGGCGACCGCGACCUCCAUGCUGUGGUUCUAGAUGUGCUGGCACGCGCCGCGCCCGAGAGCCCGUCUGGAGACUAUGCGCCCGCCAACGUGGACUGCCCCUCGGAAAGGCCGACCAUCCGGAGCGCCGCCAAGCUGUCGCAGUCUGAGACGGACUGGUUGAAGCUCCGCAGACCCAAGACAAUCGACCCCAUGAUAGCCUUCCUCAAAAGCGCCAACAUCGCCAACUUCGACGCCGUGGGCUUCGUCAAUUCCAACUCGAAGAACUUCUCCGUCGUCCCCAACAUCGGGAUCGCCAUUUCCGGCGGUGGCUACCGCGCCCUGAUGAACGGCGCCGGCUUCGUCGCUGCCGCCGACAACCGCGUUGCUGGUUCCACCGACGCCGGAGGCAUCGGCAGCCUGCUCCAGGCUAGCACCUACCUCGCCGGCCUUUCCGGCGGCGGCUGGCUGGUCGGCUCCAUCUUCGCCAACAACUUCUCCAGCAUCACGACCCUGCGCGACGGGUACGACGGGUCAUCGCUGUGGCAAUUUUCGAACUCCAUCUUCGAGGGGCCCAAGUCGAGCGGCAUCUCGCUUCUGAACUCCGCCGACUACUGGAAGGACGUGGUGGACCAGAUCGACGACAAGGAGGAUGCCGGCUACCCUGCCUCCAUCACCGAUCCCUGGGGUCGCACCCUGUCGUAUCAGCUGAUCAACGCCCAGGACGGCGGGCCGGCAUACACGUUCUCGUCCAUCGCCGACGACAGCAACUUCACCGCCGCGGACACGCCGAUGCCCAUCCUGGUCGCUGACGAGCGGUCUCCCGGCACCACCAUCGUCUCGGCCAACUCGACCGUGCACGAGAUCAACCCGUGGGAGAUGGGCUCGUUCGACCCGACCGUCUUUGGAUUUGCGCCGACGCGCUACGUCGGGUCCAACUUCAGCGGCGGCAGCAUCCCCUCCGACGGGCACUGCGUCCGGGGUUUCGACCAGUACGGCUUCGUCAUGGGCACCUCCUCGUCGCUGUUCAACGAGUUCCUGCAGACCAACCUGUCGUCGUACGACGUUCCCUCGAUCUUCACGGACCUCCUGACCAAGGUGCUCGUCGACGUCGACGAAGACGACAACGACAUCGCCGUGUGGGAGCCGAACCCGUUCUACGGCUACAACAACGCGACCAACAAGAACGCGGGCGCCACGCAGCUGACGCUCGUCGACGGCGGGCUCGACCUGCAGAACAUUCCGUUGCACCCACUCAUCCAGCCCGAGCGCGCCGUCGACGUCAUCUUCGCCGUCGACUCGUCGGCCGACACGACGUACAACUGGCCCAACGGCACAGCUCUGCGCGCCACGUACGCGCGCACCAAGGAGCCUAUCUCCAACGGCACCGCCUUCCCGGCCGUGCCCGACGCCGAGACCUUCAUCAACCUAGGCUUAAACAAGCGACCGACCUUCUUCGGGUGCAACACGUCCGAAUUCUCAUCGUACAAAGUGAUCCCGCCGUUGAUCGUGUACAUGCCCAACGCGCCCUACACGCAGGACAGCAACGUGAGCACGUUCACGCCGUCGUACGCGGACGACCUGCGGGAUAGCAUCAUCACGAACGGGUUCAACGUCGCCACCAUGGGUAAUGGCACCGUCGACAAGGACUGGCCCGCGUGCGCCGCUUGCGCGGUGCUGAGCCGCAGUCUAGAGCGCACGGGCACUGAUGUACCCGCUGCGUGCCAGACUUGCUUUACGCGGUAUUGCUGGAACGGCACCACGGAUAGCACGCCGGUUGGGAGCUAUGAGCCCACGGCGAUCAUCGGGCUGGAUGCGCUGGGUGCUGGUGCGCGCCUGAGUGUGGGCGGACAGGUUGGAGUUGCCUGGGCUGUGGUUGGGCUUGUGGGGUUGGUUCUGGUGAUAUAG